AUGAUCCGUCUUCAGACGUACGCGGCGUUCAGUCUGCUGGCGACGGCGUCGGCGGUGUACUACGCCUUCAGCAGCCGGGAGCAGUUCUACCCGGCCAUGGUCUACCUCUCCACCUCCAAGAUCUGCUUCGUUCUGCUCCUCAACACGGGCCUCGUCGCCAUGUGCGUCGCCUGGCAGCUCGUCAAGCGCCUCUUCCUGGGGUCGCUCCGGGAGGCCGAGGUCGAGCUCCUCAACGAGCAGGCCUGGCGGGAGGUCGUUGAGAUCCUCUUCGCGGUCACCAUCUUCCGGCAGGACUUCUCAGUCUCUUUCCUGGCCAUGGUCGCCGCGUUGCUCCUUAUCAAGGCACUGCACUGGCUGGCCCAGAAGAGGGUCGAGUACAUCGAGACCACACCCUCGGUGCCCUUGCUCUCACACAUCAGGAUCGUCUCCUUCAUGGUGUUCCUCCUCAUUGUUGACUGCCUCUUCCUGUCCAACUCACUCAGGCCACUCAUACAGAAGUGGGAGGCAUCGGUUGCCAUCUUCUUCUCCUUUGAGUAUAUGAUACUAGCAACAUCGACAGUAUCAACAUUUGUGAAGUAUGUAUUCUAUGUCAGUGACAUGCUAAUGGAAGGUCAAUGGGAGAGGAAGGCAGUAUAUACAUUUUACUUGGAGCUGAUCAGUGACCUUGUGCACUUGUCACUAUACAUGCUCUUCUUCAUAGCUAUCUUCCUGAACUAUGGUGUCCCACUGCACUUGAUUCGUGAGUUAUAUGAGACCUUCCGCAACUUCAGAAUUCGCAUUGCAGAUUAUGUACGCUACAGAAAGAUCACUUCCAACAUGAAUGAACGCUUUCCAGAUGCUACAGCAGAAGAGCUCAAUGCGAGUGAUGCUACAUGUAUUAUUUGCCGUGAGGAGAUGACUACAGCAAAGAAGCUGCUUUGUGGGCAUCUGUUCCAUGUGCAUUGUUUAAGGUCAUGGCUAGAGCGCCAACACACUUGCCCUACGUGCAGAGCUCCAAUUAUUCCCCCAGACAAUGGACGUUCUACAUCAGCACGACAAUAUGGAGGUCAACCUGGUGUUCAGCCUGGUACUGACACUCCAGCCUCAGAAGGGGCUCCAGGUGACAAUAUGAGCAGGCGCCAAGCAAAACUCGAAGCUGCUGUAGCAGCUGCUUCUUUAUAUGGAAGAUCUUUUGUUUAUCCUCCAGCAAACACCCUAAAUAGGUCAGGUCCUCAGUCUACAUCAAGUACACCACAAUCUGAAGCAAGUAACCCCAAUCAAUCACAGAAAGACCAAGAACUCCAGAUCCAAAACUCAAGUGAUGGUUUAGCACCUUUGCCUUUUAGCGCACAUGGUGCCACUGGUUCAGGACCAAGCACCAGCAAUCUUGAAAAUUCACUGCAGAAGGCACAGGAAAACUUUAUAAAGAGCCAGAUAGAGUACUUUCAGCCUAUGUUAACGUCCACUGACCUGAUUUGGUCGACUGGCUUUUGGGCUGGGCGCUGGGCAGCCCUAUGCACGUGGGCGCUGUUAGAGCUUUUGGGCUUCCAAUUUCGCCCAUUAGGGUCAGUACAUGUGCCCAUGGGAGAUGCCAGAUACAUGUGUCUCCCUGAGCCCUGGGCCGCCACUCUGCUGUCUGCUUUCCCUUCUGCUGCUGUCGCUGGAUCCCUUCCUCAAACCGCUACCGGCACCCACCCCUACCUCUGGCAGGCGCCCAAGCACGAGGAUUCUAGAUUUUCGAUCCAGGGUUAA